UCUCUUCUUCCGGUUCGGAAUUGCCUUGGGUUCUUGAUCUUUAAACAAAAAUACUCAACGGAACCCAAGAAUCUGACAUCGGAAACGUUUUUUCUCGAGAAAAUUAAAGUAAGUGCGUGAGAAAAAAAAGUCUUGAUUUUUUCCGAGAAAAUCGAAAAAGUUUCUCGUUAUGCCGAGUCGUGAGAGCCGUCGUGGUUUAUGGACUCCACCACCGUCAUGGGACACGACGAGAAGAGUUUACGCGGCGAUGCCAAUGUCGGAGAGAAAAAAAAGAACGUCUUCGAUCAAGAAUCAAGAACUGUUUCACAUGAUCCACAAGGUUCCUUUUGGUGAUUCCCCUUACGUGAGAGCCAAGCAUGCUCAGUUGGUUUCUAAAGACUUGGAUUUAGCUAUCUCGUUGUUUUGGGCUGCGAUCAAUGCUGGAGAUCGAGUUGAUAGUGCGUUGAAGGACAUGGCUUUAGUUAUGAAACAAUUGGAUCGAUCUAAUGAAGGAAUCGAAGCUAUCAAGUCUUUUCGAUAUCUCUGCUCCUUUGAAUCCCAAGAUUCUAUUGAUAACUUGUUAUGUGAACUCUAUAAGAAGUCAGGGAGGUUUCAAGAGGAAAUUGAGUUGCUUGAACACAAACUGAAAACACUUGAACAAGACAAGCUCUAUGGUGGUAGGAUCAGAGCUGCGAAAAGAAGGAACGGGAAGCAGAGAAGCAUCACUAUCGAGCAUGAGAAAGCGCGGAUUCUAGGGAACUUAGCUUGGGUUCACUUACAGAUUCAUAGUUAUGAAGUUGCAGAGCAGUAUUACAGGAAUGCGUUGUCUUUGGAGCCUGACAAUAACAAGCUGUGCAAUCUUGCGAUAUGUUUGAUUCAUAUGGAUAGAAUCCCGGAAGCUAAAUCUCUGCUUGAGGAUGUAAGACACAAGGAACCGUUUUUCAAAUCUUUCGAACGGGCUACUGAGAUGUUAGCAGAAAAAGAACAGGCAACAGUAGCAGAGAGUCCAGAAGAAUUGUUGUUGAGCAGUAGCUUUUCAGAUAACUUCUCUUUCAGGUGUUCACGUUGGAUGAAAGAUAACAAGGCUCUAGCUGGAACUAGCUCAGAACCGGGUAACAUUUACAAGACGAACUCGCAUGUUUCCUCUGAAUCGGUUGAACAAAACUCGCCAGGUCUGAAUACACAACCCCGGGAAUGUAAAUGGGGAGAAGAUGAGGAAGUAGACCAGAGAAAAUGGAGUUUGACAGUUGGUGCUGCUCGAAGGCUAAGGUUUGGGAAUCAUUACGAGACGAACUUGGAAAGUGUAGGAACUGCAGCCUCGACUACUAAAGGGAAGAAACUGGAUCAGAAUUUGAUUGACGAACUCCAUAAAUUCAUCAGUGGUGAAGCAGAUUGCAUGACAAGCAAAGCAAGGAAGUUGUGUGCAGAUUUGAUCAAAGAAAGGGAAGAUAACGAAAAAGCAUGUCAACGAAUUGCUUCAGAAUCUUCUUCAGCUCAGAGAAGUGUUCACAAUGGUGAAAGAAAGGCUCUUCACGUUGGCCAAAUAAGUGUUUAGGCGUGAUUUACCACCAAAGGAUGUAUAGAUUAAACAAUUUGUCACAUUUUUAUAAAGUUUGCUCGAAAGUGAAAUGUACCUUUAAGCUCUUUUGCAAAAUGGGGACAUAAACUUGAAAGAA